GGGAAGGGAUGGAAGUGGAUGAAAUGGUGCUGGAUUAUGGUCAUUCGUGGAGGAAGGAUCGCAAUCUCGUUGUUUUUUCUAGAUCAAGACUCCUGACACGCCUCGACCCGUGCAAGGAAUUUGAAUUUCCUGUCAUGCUUAGAUCCUUCCCAAAAGGAACUUGGUUGUCCAUCGUAAUGAAUAUGGAGG